CCCGGCGGCGGUUAAGUGCGGAGCGCGGGCGCCCGGGUGCUUCGUGCCGCUGGCUGAGCCGGGCGGGGGCCGGCUGCGGGAGCGAGGGACGCGCCUCUCGCCGGACCCGCUUCCCGUCGCUGCUCCGCGGGCUCGCCGGCGGCGGGCCGGGCGGGCGCAGGGCGGAGGGGCUGGGCUUGAAAGCGUGCGUGUUUCCUGCCCGCGGAGAGGCGGCCGAGCAUGGAGGUGUUCCCGUCCCCGCUGGAGUCCGCCAAGUUUAUAGCCGACAACAGCAAAGACGUCUCCGUGGAUGAGGAGGGGGCGCGGCGCGUGGCCGAGAGUUUGUUCGACAAAGUCUCGGCGGCGGAUUUCGGGCUGGCGGGGUGGAAGAGCCUCCACGAGCUGAACCCCCAGGCCGCCAGCGAGGAGGCGGUGGACUGGGUGUUCCUGGUGGACACCCUCAACUUCUCCUUCUGGUCCGAGCAGGAGGAGCAGAAGUACCUGGUGAAGUACAAGGGUAAAACGCACAGCGGCUACUGGUCCCUCUGCGCCGCCGUCAACAGGGCCCUUGACGACGGAAUACCUAUUACCAGAGCAUUGUAUUAUGCCACUAUGACACUUGACCAAGUUAAGCACGUAUUUCGCUCUGACACAGAAGUCCCUAUGCCUUUGAUUGAAGAAAGACACCGGCUGCUGAAUGAAAGCGGAACAGUUCUGUUGGAGAGGUUUGGAGGCUCUUUCCUCACCUGUGUUAAAAUGAGUAAGAAAAGUGCUUAGAAACUACUAUAUUUAGUAGUGGAAAUUUUUCCUUCUUACAGAGAUGAAGAAAUAUUUGAGAAGAAAAAGGUGUCUUUCUACAAACGGGCACAAAUACUUGUGGCUGAUACGUGGAGUGUAUUGGAAGGCAAAGGAGAUGGCUCUUUUGAUGACAUUUCUAGUCUGACUAUAUUUGCUGACUACAGAAUUCCUCAAGUUCUUGUUCACUUAAAAGCAAUGAAGUAUUCUGAAGAACUAAUGAAGAAACUACGUGAAGGAACGGUUUUCCACUCUGGAGAUAAAGAGGAGGUGGAGAUCCGUGGCUGUUCCAUUUGGUGUUGUGCAUUGAUUUGUAAGCACCUGCUGGAGCUCUACGACAAGAAGGGUCAGGACAUGCGUGAAAAGAUCAAUGCGGUUUUACUCGAUUACUAUCUCUGGGACUAUGCCAGGGAUCAUAGGGAAGAAAUGAAAGAUAUUCCGUUUCACCGAGUACGGUGUAUAUAUUACUAAGUCCAGUGUGAUAGCUAUUGUACUGAUGCGUUAUCUCUUGAAUUGCAGUUGUUCUUUUCAUACAGUGGUUUGUUAUAUACCAGUUUGGAACUGGCUAAAUCAAAUGCUUGUUUUCUGCUGAUGUAUUAAGAACUUGCCUUUUUUUUUUUUUUCUUUUUUCCUCUGAAUCUUUCACUGUCCAUGACUGGCAUUAAUGGUGUAAACUUUGCUGGACAAUCCUUGUUAGUACGGGGUUUAUUAUUCCCACUUUAAGUUCCAUAUAUGUGUGCGUACGUGUACUUGCGCAGGUAGAUGUGGGUAUGGACGUGUCUGUCUGCAUCCCAGCCUUCUGGGCCACUCUCUCUGCCCCGCACCCCCCCCGCCCCUUCCCGCAGUGCUGCCGAUUGCUGCACGGACACUGAAUAAAGCGAGCGCUGACGCGAA